GCCACCUAUGUGCUUCUGGCACUGGCGUGGGUGUUUGUUCCGGUCUACAUCUCUUCAGAGAUUGUCACCAUGCCGGAGUAUCUCCAGAGGAGGUUUGGCGGAGAGAGAAUCCGGAUAUAUCUUUCGUCCUUGUCUCUGUUGCUUUCCAUCUUCACCAAGAUAUCUACGGACCUGUACUCGGGAGCCCUGUUCGUUCAAGUCUGCCUGGGCUGGAACCUCUACCUUUCCACGGUCCUGAUGCUGGUGGUCACGGCCGUUUACACCAUUGCGGGUGGGCUGGCAGCUGUCAUCUAUACAGAUGCCCUACAAACAAUCAUCAUGGUUGUUGGAGCCAUCAUCCUAACAGUAACAGCUUUUGACAAGAUUGGUGGAUACCACAACCUGGAAGAGGCCUACCUGAAGGCCAUCCCCGCUAAGAUUAUCCCCAACACAACCUGCCACCUGCCCCGGCUGGACGCGAUGCACCUUUUCCGGGAUCCCGUCUCCGGAGACCUGCCCUGGACCGGCAUGACGUUUGGGCUCUCGGUUUUGGCCACAUGGUACUGGUGCACGGACCAGGUCAUUGUGCAAAGAUCUCUCUCUGCCAAGAAUCUGAGCCACGCCAAGGCUGGAUCCAUCCUAGCCAGCUAUUUAAAAAUGCUGCCCAUGAUUGUUAUCAUCAUGCCAGGGAUGAUAAGUCGGAUCCUGUAUCCAGAUGCUGUUGGCUGCGUCGAUCCAGAGGAGUGUAUGCGAGUCUGUGGGGCCGAGGUGGGCUGCUCCAACAUUGCUUACCCCAAACUGGUGAUUGAACUGAUGCCUAGUGGGCUGCGGGGGUUAAUGAUUGCUGUCAUGAUGGCUGCCCUGAUGUCGUCCUUGACCUCGAUCUUCAACAGUAGCAGCACCCUCUUCACCAUGGACAUCUGGAGGAAGGUCCGGCAGGAAGCCAGCGAGCGGGAACUGCUUCUGGUUGGCAGGAUAGUCACAGUUAUCCUGGUGGCGAUUAGUGUCGUUUGGAUUCCCAUCCUGCAGAGCUCCAACAGCGGUCAACUCUACAUCUACAUCCAGUCGAUCACCAGCUACCUUGCACCACCUGUCACAGCUGUCUUUCUGCUGGCUGUCUUCUGGAAGCGAGCCAAUGAACAGGGAGCCUUCUGGGGUCUGAUGGUGGGGCUUGCUGUUGGCCUGAGCCGGAUGGCCUUGGAGUUUGCACACCCCACACCUCGCUGUGGCACCCUGGACAGCCGCCCUGCUCUUGUUAAGGACAUCCACUACCUUCACUUUGCCUUCCUCCUCUGCCUGCUGACGGCUGCGGUGGUGCUUGGAAUCAGCUUGCUGACGAGGCCUCCUGCAGAGUCUCAGGUCAAGAAUGUGACUUGGUGGACUCUUGGUCCAGAACAGCGGCCUCCUCCUCCAGAACUCCCCAUGCCAAAAUCAGUAUCUGAGAAUGGCUUCUCCGGGACAGAAAAGGAAGAAUCCCAGGAAGGGCACCCAUGGAAAUGCCUCUGCAGUGGGGUGGCCUGCAACUCCCUUUCUGUGAAAGCAGAAAAAGCCCCGGUGAAGGUCCCUGGGGACAUAACAGAAUCCCCGUUCUGGUCUCGGAUCUGCUGCCUCAACGCCAUUGUCCUGAUUUGCGUCAAUGUCUUUUUCUAUGGUUAUUUUGCUUAAGAAUAUCUCCUGUGAGUUGGAGAAAGAGGCAGGCAGAGUGAGGAGGAAGAACAUUGGGAUGUAUGUAGAAAGAAGUGAAGUGUCCCUUGAUGAUUGUGUUAAAAAACAACAUUUCAGC